CGCAACGAGAUACGUGAGGCCUGUUGGACGCGUGUCCUCGGGCGAUUAGGGUUAGCUUGACCGAAAGCGUGACGGCGACGGGGGACUGUGAGGGAUGGACGGAGGUUGGUGAGGUAAGGUAAGCCUAGGAAGAGGUUUCGUCAGGCAUCUAGACUGGCUCGAACGGCAUCCAACGUCCCACCCGGCGACCGCCUUAGAGGAUUCGUAGCCAGCCAGCCCUGGGUAGCGAGACUGACUGCCAGCGUCCGGCUUAUCCUAGAAGGCAUAUACCGUAUUAUUCCCAGAAGGACGCGCUUUAGGCGGUCUUGGUGUAGGAGCUGCUGACGACUCGAGCGGAACAGGUGCUGAUGCGCGUAGCGAGUGGCAAUAUAGGUUCUAAGGCUGCUGGAGAUUCAGCUGCUGGAGAUUCAGCUGCUGGAGAUUCAGCGUAGCUUGCACCCACUGAACGAGCGCAAUAGUUCAGCUGUAGAGAACAUCCGCGGUUAGUGACUUGAAAACCUGAAGCUUGAAGUCAGCUCGCUCGCUGUAGGCCGAAUACGAAGUCGCUUAUAGAUCAAUCUACCCCCUUCUACUCUUUCACGUUCUCUCUUUCUCGUAGGGCAGCCGCCCCUACUUUCCGCCAUGUCGGGUGACUUAGAAACCGCCGCCGCCGCUUCCGGCGGCAACGCCGCGUCAGAUGGGCUGGUGCACGCCGGCUCGGCUGCAGCUGCUGCUGCUGGAGCCGCCGGGAAAGCCGCGGGAGCCGGCGCGGACGUCGCGGGUGGCGAGGCUAUUAAGGACGCUCUUAAGUGGCGCAUCGACGUGGAGGACUACGAGUCGGAGGACGGCAGCAGCGUGGUCGGCAGCGUGCUGGAGAGCUUGCCGGCCAGCAUCCCGGAAUACCCGGCGGCGGCAGCGGGCGCGCAGGAGGAGGACGAUGACGAGGAUAAGAACGAUAACGAGAUUUCGUUCAUCGGCGGAACGCGCCCUCCCGUCGUUGGCUCCGCGCCAAGCGCCAAGGCUGCGCCGAGCGGAGCGCGCCCUUUCGCUGGUGUCCCCGCGGGUCUUGCGCCACAGGAACCCGUCCUAGUCGAGCGGACGGCAACCGCCCCCAAGCCCACCCCCCCCUCGGCUUCAGCAUCCGCUGCGCCAGAGCCGCUGGGAAUGGCGCGCGCGCAAUCCAUGGCUCCGCCCGCCGCGCCCAGCAUGGUUUCCGUGGAGGACUUCACCUCUGCGCAGGCGGAAGUCGGGCGGCUUUUCGCCGCGCUGAAAGAGGCGCGCGGAAGGCGCGCGGACGGGCCGCAGGAGCAGGAGAUCAAGGCGGCAGAGGUCGCGCGUCUGCAAGCCGCGCUGAAGGAUGCGCGCGCCAACGUCGCGCGGCUGGAAGCCGUGCGCCCGAAGCAAUCCGCGUCUGCGGGGAGCCAGGGGAGAGCGCCGGCGGCGGCAGCGGGGGCGGGAGUGGCGGGGGCUGGCGGAAUGGGGAUGGCGCGAAGCAUGUCUGAGAUGCCCCCGCGCGCUAGUCUGAUGACGUCGCCCGCACGUCCCGCCGCGGGUUCCGCCGCCGUGCCCGCCACUGCCUCUCCCGUGCAUCCUUCCGCCACGCCCCUGCGCCCCGCCACGGCGGGCUCCCGCGGAGUGGCGCUUUCCGCGAACCAGCCAGCGGAAAUCCGCAGGACAGUAUCGUUUGCGCCUGCGCCUGGUGCGCCAAGCGGAAGCGGAAGCCCCCCGGUUGCGCUUCAGCAAGCCGCGUCUCAUCAGCCCCGCCCAGCCCCCCCAGCCGCCGCUGGUGCCGCUCGGCCCGCUUACGUGGCGCCGCCAUCUGCUUCUAUGAUUGCUCCUCCCGCCGCCGCCGCCGCUGCAGCCGCCGCAGCCCGCGGCGGGGGAUAUGAUAAGGAGGAUAAGGACGACUCGCUGUCGGGCGUGGGAUGGGGGUCGCAGACACGUGGCAGCCUCGUGUCGUCCGACGACAUCCCGUCGUCCGCGUCGCACGCGGCUUCGCAGGCGACACCCCCCCAGAGCGGGAUUGGCUCCCCCUGGCGCACGCAGAGCUCCCCCUACCGCUUCUACAAGAGCCCUGCGGAAGGCGCGGGCGCAGCCCCUGGCGCAAGCGGCGGGUAUGGCGGAAGCUCCGCGGGGUACGCCGGAAGCUCCGCCGCGGGGUACGGCGGGGGAGUGCCGCGCAGGUCGCCUUACGCGGAGUCGGAUAUGGGCGACGCGGUGUCGGUCGCAUCUAGCCAGAUCGCGUGGCGCUCCCACGCCGACCCGCGUAGGCAGCACCCGAGCCUGAGCCGCAGGCUCGGGAACCUCCCGGGGCUGGCCGCGGAGGGCGCGAUGGUGCCGGACGUCGCGGCGACGAUCGCGGCGGCUGGAGGCGCGGCGGAUAACAGCGACGCGCAGUCGGUGGCGGCUUCCGAGGUGUCGAUCCAGCCCGGGCCGAACAACGCGAUGGUGCUCGUCUCAACGGUCAAGCCCGAGCCGCCGCAAUCGGCGGCGCCGAAGCCGGCGGCUCCUCCGGAGGGCACGAUCGACCUGCAGGUGUUCAGCAAGCUUAUAGCGGAGAUGCGCACGGAGAGCGACUCGAUCGCGAAGUUAAAGCAGCAGAACAAGCUGCUGCAGAGCUGGUAUGCGGAGUCGAAGGCGUGGGCGGACGAGAAGAGCUUGAGGGCGUGGGAGGCGACGUCGAUGGCGGACGACGCGGAGGACGUUGCGGCGGUGAAGCACCGCAUGCUGAAGGAACUGGACGGGAAGCUCGGCGCGCUCAAGGAACGACUGGCCGGAAUGACGAUGCUCGAGCAGGAGAACCGCGUGCUGAGGCAGCGCAUCCAGGCCAUGGCGUCCGUCAAGGGACCCAACCAGCUGCUGGAGCAGCUCAAGAACGCGCCGCGGAUCGAUGUGAACGCCCUGCGCUCUCGAGGCCAGGAUAUGGACGCGCUGGCGCGGUGGAUCAACGAGAUGAAGGAGGAGGGCGGCCAGGUGGAGCGACUCAAGAAGCUCAACAAGCUGCUGCAGGGCUGGUACGCGGAUGCGAACUCGAGGGCGGAGGACGCGCUGCAGCGCGAGAAGGAGGAGUUCAUCCGCGCCAAGGCGGCGGAGGAGCUGGCGGCGGCGGGCGACCUGCUGAUCCUCGAGAUGGAGGCGAAAUUCAGCGAGAUGCGCAUGAAGCUCGCCGCCCGUCAGAUGCUGGAGCAGGAGAACAGGGAGCUCCACCAGAAGAUCGUGGCUCUGUCAGCGGGCAAGGCGGGCAGCAUGUCGGUGCACAAGCAAGAGGACAUGCUGAUGGAGUGCGUGCGCCAGAACUUAGGGAUUCAGCAGGGGCCGGCCGGUGAUGGCGUGCAUGGUGUACAAGGCGAUGGUGCACUGGAGGCAUGAUCGAGGUGGAGCGGAUGAACACGUUCGACAAGAUGAUGGAGCACAUGCAGGCCGUGUGCAAGGCGGACAAUAAUGAUGUCCGGUGUUAUUGGCUGUCGAAUACGGUUCAUCUGCACUUCCUGAACACGCGCGGUCUAGUCCGCAUGGACAACACGGUGGCCAAGUCGCAGCUGGGCGUGCAGAUAGAGAAGCUGUACGUGGUGACCCGCGACAGCAUGAAGCACCAACAUCUCGCUUCUGGCUCAACAACCUGCUGCAGCCCCCUCCUGUGACCACGGAGGAGCCGGGCUACGAGUUUCCCAGACAACGCCUCUGCAGUCAGCGGGGCGUCCACAGUGGUCGGUGCACAAGCUGGUGCCCACCCCGGCAACGUCCGGCGGCAGAUGACCAUGUUCUGGGAGGGGCUCAUGGCGGCCUUCCGGCACUUUGUGGACGUGUGCCGGGCCAACUACGUGCCGCCGCUGCUGGUCAGGGAGUUCAUGUCCCAGCUGCUGCAAUACGUGGACGUGAAGCUGUUCAACAGCGUGAUGAUGCACUGCCCGUGGGUGCCGUGCACCUUCACCAAUGGGGAAACCAUGGAGGCGGGCAUGAGCGACCUCGAGGACUGGCUGGGCAACGUGACGAGUGGCUGGACGCACGCUGGUGGACACCAUCAGCCUCACGUCCUCCCUCAUCGAAAACAUCAAGCACAUCCGCCAGACGGUUGGGUUCCUUUGGACGAGAACAAGCCCGCGCGCAAGCUGCAGCACAUAGAGCGCAUGUGCCCGAUCUGAGUGUGACGCAGCUGGCGCACAUCUGCACGUGGUUCGAGGACGACAAGGACGGCUCGCCUGGCGUUGACCCUGCGGUCAUUGAGCAGAUGUGGGCGCUCAUGACGAGGACGCUCCCUUCCUGCUCAAGGAAGACAAGAGCUGCCCGUUCCAAGCGGACGAGGUGUCCCGCUCGAUGAAGGAGUUCGUGCUGGACGACAUCGAGCCGCCUGCAGCGCUGCGCAGCGAGCCGGCCUUCACUUCCUCAUUCCUGCGCAGCAGCGCCAGCAGGAGCAGCUGCAAGCCGCUGGCCUUGUUGCAUCCAAUGGUGGUGCUAGCGGUGGCCCGGCGGAUCUAGGAGGAGGCUUGCGCUGUGAAGUAGCAGCGCUGUGCAGUGAGCCAGCUUCAACUUCAAUGUCCCUGCACGACAGGGACAAUGCUGCGCUUCGAGGGCUCUUCCCCUUGUGGCUUUUUAUUUUUAUUUACCGGUGUUACGUAUUAGUGGUGCAAUGCUUUUUCAUGCUGUUGCGGGAAGGGAUAGAGGGGGGAAUAAGGUUUGAAUACAGUAUGGAACGACUAUGCUUGCUCUUGUGUAUUUAUGUUGUGUAAAAGCUAUAAUUAGGAUCAUUGGAUGAACAACUUGAAUUCGUAAUCUACAGCGUUCUGGGCUAUC